AACUCUCUCUCGGCUUUCGUGAGUCUUCUCCCGGAAUUUUCCCGAGAGAGCUCGCCACUUGCCCUAUCGUAAGUUGAAGCACUUCGUCUGGGAAAACCGGGUUUGUUGCAGCGAGUUGCAUUCAUUGUUUGAUGAGUUUUCCGUAAGGUCUGCUCUUUCGUAAGUUAAGAACUCCUUCUGUGAAAAUUGGGUUUGUUGCAACGAGUUGCAUUAAUUGUUUGAUUGAAUUUUCCGUAAGGUCUGUUUGGUGGCUGAGAGAAGCGAUCAACUGGGUGGAAUUUAAACAAUUAAUAAAAAACUUGAGUUUCCCUGAUUUCGUCCUGCGUUUUGCUACUGCACGCGAGUUUCCAAAACGGCACUAAAUGGAAGCGGUCGUAGCGUCUGAGAAUUAAAUGUGACAUUGAAUGUGUGUUUUCGUUUUCUUUGAUUCGAAAACAAUGAUCAAAGAAAUAAAAAUAUCCACGUUAUGGUUUUGAUAUCGAAAAACAGCUCUUUAUUUCUUCAAAACUGUUCCAUCUGCUUCGCGAGGAACAGAGUGUGUGCUUGGAUUGGAACAGGUAUGGGUAACACUGGAGACGCUUCCUUCUUAAGGAACAGGAGGCUGGACAGCUUCCUCACCGCAGACUCUGUUCCAAACGCGAGAGAAUCAUCAAAAGCUGAUCAACUGAAGGAAGAGACGGCGCCGAAGCAGCGGAGCCCUGAAUCGUACGAGGAUGACGAUGGCUGGGCGGCUGUGAUUAUAUCAUGCGUGAGGAUCGUAACGUGUUUUGUGACGAUGAUGGUGACGACAUUCCUGUGGGCGUUGAUCAUGGUGGUGCUGAUACCAUGGCCGUAUCAGAGGAUUAGGCAGGGAAAUGUUUAUGGGCACGUCACUGGCAAAUUGAUGAUGUGGAUUUUGGGGAAUCCUAUAAGGAUUGAAGGUGCUGAAUUCUCUAAUGAAAGGGCCAUCUAUGUCAGCAACCAUGCAUCUCCUAUUGAUAUAUUCCUUAUGAUGUGGUUGACUCCCACUGGUUCUGUUGGCAUUGCAAAGAAAGAGAUCAUAUGGUACCCCCUUUUUGGACAGCUUUAUAUUUUGGCAAACCAUCUUCGUAUAGAUCGCUCGAACCCAAAUGCAGCAAUUGAAUCCAUGAAAGAGGCAGCUUCUGCAGUAGUCAAGAACAAUCUAUCACUGAUCAUUUUCCCAGAGGGCACCAGGUCCAAAAAUGGAAGACUGCUCCCUUUCAAGAAGGGCUUUGUUCAUUUGGCAUUACAGUCGCGCCUUCCAAUAGUUCCAGUGGUCUUGACGGGGACUCACCGAGCCUGGAGAAAGGGCAGCUUACACAUUCGGCCAGCGCCGUUAACUGUCUCGUAUCUUCCUCCGAUACGAACCGAUGAUUGGACAGCUGACAAGAUUGAGGACUAUGUAGGAAUGGUACAUGAAAUAUAUGUCAAACAACUCCCUGAGUCUCAAAGGCCUCUUGUGUGAUCACAAGUCUAUACAUAUAUAUAGUUGAAGGCAUCUCUCCUGUAUGUUCUUGCUUGAUGGCUGGGCUUCCAUAGCGAAAUGGACCAAAAUGGUUCAGCUCUGAGGCAUGCAGCAUAUCAUGUUAAGAGCUAUGAGGAACAUGCUGAUGCUAAAAUUGAAAGGGAAUAAAAAUUGAAAUGGAAAGUAUGAUGAAAUUAAUUAAUAAACUCGAUUUCAUCUUCC